AUGUCAGUCAAAUGCCACGUAUCCGAGGACCAUCAUAAAUACCGAAGUGCAUCUGCGGGUAUUGUCAAUUUACAAUCGACUUGUUCACGCCGUCAACCUCAUCUUUCUUAUGGUGAUUUAUGUGAUAAAACCGACGAAUUAGUCGAUUCAGUUUUUGAAAUGCCAACAAAAUGUGUUGAGCAAGCCAGAGAAGUUGGUAAACGUGUUGUUGAAUAUGUCGUCGAUCACAGUCAUCUUCCACAUUGGUUGGUGGAUAAUGAGUUUUUAAUUUCUGGACAUCGACCACCAAUGCCAAGUGUUAAACAAUGUUUUGCAUCAAUCUUUCGUCUACAUACUGAAACAGUUAAUAUUUGGACUCAUCUAUUGGUUCUUUUUAUUACAUUUGGAUUAUUUGGCUUCAUUCCGACUUGUCACUAUAUAUUUCGAUUUGGUUUGAAACAUGCUUUUACAACUGGUGCUACUCAAUGGGUGUUCUUAGUAGCCGCACUUUACGCUACCGGUGCUUGUCUUUAUGCUGGUAAAUGA